CAGAACCCAGAAAAAGCAUCUGUUUUCUAGAGAGUUCCACUGACAGACCAUAAAGGGCAGAGGAAGAGGGCUGUGGCCGGCAAGUCUCCUGAGCAGCUGAUACCAACUGUCCUAUAAAUAGCAUACAGGCCCUGUGCACUCCAUUAGAGCACACAGCCCGUACGUCCGUGCCACAUGCUUUUUACUUUCUUUCUGUUAAAGGAAUAAAACUCAGUAGUUUCUGUUCUAGUUUUGCCCAAGAAUCAGAAUGAACAAACCCAAAAUUGUUCGACCAGAGGAAUGCCAGCCAGCACCUGCACGGUGGUUUGACAGAAAAAAAUAUGUCACCAUGAACUUCAUGGUUCAAAAACCUAAAGAUGUCCAGGUUGAUAUCCAGCCAAACAAAUUGAUUUUAUGCUGCAAAAACGACACAGAUGAUGUGUUCUAUAAUGAGCUGUACUUCUACGACGAAGUCCAAAUCUAUGACUCCAGAGAAAGAGUCUAUGACCGCACCAUCAAUGUCUUGCUAAGGAAGACGAAGCCCGAUUAUGCAUGGCCUCGUCUCCAGAAGGAUCCUGCUAAGCCCAGUUGGAUUAAUGUGGACUUUGAUAACUGGAGAGACUGGGAGCAUGAAGAAGAUGAGGGAAAGGAAGAGUACGAUAGAUACGUAGAUAUGAUCCAAGAUAUGGCUGCUUCUAAUAAAGGAGCAGCACCAGAUAUGGGUGAUCUUAGUGAUUUUGUUACCUCUGUAGUUUCCUGCUGCCCAGCUGAGCUCAAACAUGAAAUCAAUGGAAAGAAAGAAAAACUCAAAGGCUUCAAUGUGAAGCUCCAAGACACCAUCUUGUUUCCUGAGGGAGGUGGCCAACCAGAUGACCAUGGCCUGAUCGGAGAUGUCCAAGUUUUGAGGGUGACAAGGCAGGGGCCAGACGCCAUACACUUUGUGUGCUCAUCGUUGGAGGUGGGUCAGGAAGUGCUAUUGAAGGUGGACUGGGAGAGGAGAUUUGACCAUAUGCAGCAACACUCAGGUCAACAUUUGAUCACAGCUUUGGCAGAUACGAUGUUUGGAUUCAAGACCACAUCCUGGGAACUAGGGCGUCAGAGAAGCACCAUUGAACUGGACACUCCCUGUGUAAAACCCGCACAGCUCUCAGCCCUGGAACAAGCCAUAAAUGAGAAGAUCAGAGCCCAUGUCCCCGUCACUGUUCAGCUCCUCUCUAUUGAUGAUCCUGCUGUGGAAAAGGUGAGGAGUCGAGGGCUGCCAGAGGACCAUGCAGGGCCCAUUCGGAUCAUUGAUAUCGAGGGUAUCGAUGCCAACAUGUGUUGUGGAACCCAUGUGUCAAACCUCAGUCAUUUACAGGUGAUAAAGCUUCUGGGCACUGAGAAAGGAAAGAAAAACAAAACCAAUCUGAUCUUCCUGGCAGGAAACAGGAUCUUGAAGUAUGCUGAGAAAAGUUUCAGCACGGAACGGUCUUUGGUUUCUCUUUUGAAAACUGGACCAGAUGAGCAUGUUGAGGCAGUCGACAAGUUGCAGAAAUCUGUUAAGCUACUACAGAAAACUAACUUGAGCCUUCUACGAGACAUGGCCGUCCUUAUCGCUCAGAGCUUUAAGAAUGACCCCCAUAGGGGCAACUUCUUCAGUUUACACAAAAAAGAGGGUGACAAUGAAUUCAUGAAUAUCAUCGCCAAUGAAAUAAACACUGAGGAAACUUUGGUUUUCCUGACUGUUGGGGAGGAGAAGGGACCUGGUUUGUUUCUGCUGGCUGGACCAAGCGGACCAGUGACAGAGAUGGGGCCACGGGUGUUAGAGCUGCUCCAAGGGAAGGGGGCAGGAAAAAAUGGACGUUUCCAAGGCAAAGCCAACAAUAUGGCACGAAGAGGGGAGGUGGAGGCUUUACUGCAGCAGCACUGCAAACAUCACACCUCAGAAGAAGAAUAAACCCAGCAAUACUUCAGUACAAGUAAA